AUGGCCAACAACUCUUUUCGGGACUCCGUCAACUCCCUGGGCUGGUCGCGUAGAGACCCAGAUUUCCCCGUGCGCACCAACGCGUCCUCCGACACCCCGAUCUUGUCGCGGUUACAGUCGUUGAAUCCCUUUGGCCAAGGCGGGUAUGUCCAACUUCCCACUCACAACGAAGGCCCUGGGGCUCCACUGCCCGCGUCCAAUCGACGGGACGAAGAAGAGGGCUUCUUUGCUUUGAGCCGAUGGGAUCGGAUGCUCAUUUUUGGCGCCUGCAAUUUGGGCGCUGCAGUUUGCUUUAUGAUCUGCUUUUUCUUGUUCCCAGUUUUGACCCUCAAACCCCGCAAAUUCGCGGUCUUAUGGUCUGUCGGCUCCGUCCUGUUUUUGCUAUCAUGGGCCGUCCUCAUGGGACCGUGGACUUAUGUGAAGCAUCUGGUCUCGGGACCACGGCUGCCCUUCACGGCCGCGUAUUUCGGAUCGAUCGCACUAACGCUGUACUUUGCUAUCGGGCUCCAAUCCCUCUUGCUCACCCUCAUUUCCUCCAUCUUCCAGCUCGCCUCCCUCGUCUGGUAUCUGGUCAGCUACUUCCCCAUGGGCAGCACAGGGCUGCAGUACAUGGGCCGCUUCGGGGCCUCGCGCGUCUCGGCUUGGGUAUCUGGUUGA